AUGUCUUUGAACAAAGUCAGCUUACCUCCCCUACACUCGCACCUGAGUCAAUGUUUGCCAAGCACCGACGGAAUCUAUCAGCCCAAGCCACAACACAUCCCUCGUGUCUUGCCCCCAAUGCCCUCUCUCACGAUAUACGACCAAAGACGCAACACAUGUGACGUCUCGCCAUUAGACCUUUGCAACACAACCACAGCCAAUUACAACUACACCAACCCAUCCUUCAGUCGCCCUAUCCACACUCCCUUGCACCGCGUCCAGAAUCCCGAAAAAUCAAUACUAAGCAAAACUCCGAAGAGAUACAUCGAUAAUUUACCACCUAUAAACUUGUACGUCUCUUCUGUCAAUGGGACGUUGGACGACGCUACGAUUUACGGAACAGAACUAAACGUCAAUCUUUUCAAAUUCAACUAUUUUAAAAACAUCAUGAAUAGAGACGACAUGUUCUACAUCAAUAUCAACCCCAUGAUCAGGAACUACAGAAAAAAAAUCCUGCGCGAGUAUGUCUUCAACGACGGAGGCCCAGGGGCGACGCUAGGAGAGCUGGACCGGGUGGAGGGGUUAGGCUUGCAAGACACAGACGAAGAAGACACUGCGGUGAUCCAUGGGGUCUUAAUUGACGAAAGUGAGCAAGAGAGGAGUGGCAGCAGCGGCAGCGGCAGCAGUGGCAGCAGUGGCAGCGACAGCGACAGCGAUUCUGAUUAUCUUUCCGAAUCCAGCUCCGAUUUGUCGUCUUUAUUUGAAAGAAAUUCCGCUUUCAUUUCCGACACUCAAAGGAAAAUAGUUAGGUUCAAUGAAAAUGAUAUAAUAUAUGACAUAUAA